AUGGCACCAUUAACGUUUGGUAUUGAGCUCGAGUGUCAUGUUGCUACCCUUGCUUACGGGGAGGAGGAUCCAGAGCCUCGAGACCCUCGUCAAGUAUACGAUUUAACUAUGCAGAUAAUUGGUUCUAGAGUCCACGAGUUACGGUAUGUUCAGAGACAAGUCGCUAAGAAGCUGCAGAAGGAGACGGGUGGGAUGUUACACUCAAAGAGUAUACAGGUCCAGGGAAUAUCCAUGCUCGAUGUUCACAAAAUGUGUACCACAAUCUCACAAUCAUUCCGAGUAACAUCCAACCAAACCUGUGGCUUUCACGUUCAUGUGGGCAACGGCAUUGGCGAAAACGAAAAGCGAUUCCCUUUCAGCGCAAUGCGGAACCUACUAGCUAUCAUCUGGACCUUCGAACACCAAAUCGCAUCCCUACACCCCGAACACCGCCUAAGCAACAAGUUUUGUGUACGAAUGCACACGGAAAGUGCUAUUUGCCGUGGCACGACGCGUCAAGGUCUUGGUAAAAUAUUUGCUACAAGAGAUCUCGAUGAGUUAAGGCAGUUGACCUUGACGAACGGGACGCGCUCGGCGUACAAUCUAAUGCGUGUGGAUGGGUCUUUAGCGUUCGUUACCAAACUCGUGGAAGUCGCUGUUAGGGAUAUGGAGAAUCCGAGGGGUAUGUUAUGGAAGGAAGUCGACAGGGAAGAAAAGCAAGCGCCGGCCAGUGUGUACCAGUUCAUGAGGACCUUCUUGGAUUGUCCUGAUGUUGCCGAGUAUUAUGCGAAGAGGGAUAACGUCGGCGAUACGCCAAAUAUCCUUCCUGAAAGCUGA